AUGAGGUCCUCCUUCAUAGCCCAGCUGUUCAUAGCAGCUACUACAUUAGCGAGCCCAGCACAAAAGAGAGAUACAGUGACUGCUCAAGUCAACUUUUCCAAUAAUACAGGCAGCCCGCAGCAUUUGGCAUCGGGUUUGUUGUACGGAAUCCCAAACACCCUGAACCAAAUCCCGUCUGAAUUCUACAACGACAUUGGAUACAACUAUGAACGAGCGGGUGGUGCUCAGAUACCCUCUCCCGGCCUAGGUUGGAUCUGGGGAGUAGCGGAAUAUGAGAAUCGAUUCGCCUCUGUUCUAUCAAACUAUCAAACCGCUCGAGAAUAUGGCGCAAAUUUCAUAUUACUGAUCCACGACCUCUGGGGGGCGGACGGCACACAAAACUCUUCUGCACCGUACCCAGGAGAUGAUGGGGACUGGUCCAGUUGGGAUGAGUACUUGUCUUAUUUGUUCACGGAUCUCAAAGACAAUGAUAUGACAACCAGUUUGAUUGUCGAUCUGUGGAACGAGCCUGAUGGAGCCGGAUUCUGGGGUCGCAGUCAGUCGCAGUACCUGGAAAUGUGGGGGAGAACUUACUAUAAAUUUAGAGAUGAGUUCAGCACUGAUGUCCUACUUUCCGGUCCGGCAUCUGCUGGAGAGCCCCUCGCUAGCAAUACUUGGUGGGAAGCAUGGGCAUCGUUCGUAGCAGCCAACGACAGCAUCCCUGAUCAAUAUGCCUGGCAUAUGGAGAGUGGCACUGGAGACCUUCUUUCCUCGCACGCAGGUCUCUUGUACUGGCAAUCUACAUACGGUUUACCUUCGAAACCGAUCAACAUCAACGAAUAUGCUGUCUUCGACGAACAAGUUCCUGCGGGUUCAGCAUGGUGGAUUUCUCAGCUUGAGAGAAUUGACGCCCACGGUCUGCGUGGGAACUGGCUAAGUGGCUACGAACUGCACGAUUUCAUGGCGUCUUUGUUAUCUAAGCCCGGUGCUGACACCAGCAGCUACUCAGCCACUGCAACGGGUUAUUUUCCAAAUGGCGAUUACCAAACAUACAAGUACUAUUACCAGAACAUGACUGGUUACCGAGUUGGCACCCUGCCCUCGUCCGACCUCAAGCUAGAUGCCUACGCCACUGUUGGGGACGAUGGGUAUGCGCGUGUUCUCGUUGGUGUACGCAUCACCGAGGGGACAUGGGAGCUGCAGUUGAACGAUCUUUCAUCUCUAGAUUUGCCGACGAGUGGCACGUUGGAUAUCAAAACCUGGGGCUUUCCAGUAAACGCCGAUGACACCCAUUAUGGUGAAGUAGAUGGGCCAACCAAUCUCGGGGUGGUUGCUCAUACAUAUUCAGACAAUACUGUGACAUUUCCUGUCUAUCAGACGGAUACGACCACGGCAUAUGCGUUUGAGUUUGCUAUUUGA